UCCGCACCCUCACAGGAGAUGGCAUUGGAUUCAGGUUUAAGGACUUAACCGAGUUGGGAAUUAGCUGCAACAUCCAUCAUGCCGUCCAAGCCUGCCCCAAUCAAGAAGGCGGCUAAGAAAGAACCUGCCAAGAAGGAGGAGAAGGCGCCAGUGAAAGCCCCUGAACCGGCUCCAGAGCCUGCACCCGAGCCCGCACCGGAGCCCGCACCCGCCGAGGCCGCUCCAGCCCCCGCUGAGGGCGAAGCUGCGGCUGCACCUGCUGAGGAGGCGCCUGCUGCCCCGGCAGUUGAGGAACCCAAACCUCCCACUCCUCCACCCGCAGAUGCUGAAGCUGCUGAAGCGCCUGCUCCAGAAGAGCCUAAAGCACCCACACCUCCACCACCUCCACCCAAAGAGCCCACAAGCGCUCCAGUGGAUCUGUUUAUUGAGGACAAGAAUGACACAUCAGUGAGCAUCAUCUGGAGCGAGCCGCAGAACAUCGGACCCUCCGGUUUGGACGGAUACGUCAUUGAAGUCUGCAAGGAUGGAACCGAGGACUGGAAAGCUGUCAAUGAGGAUGUGCAGAAGUCCUGCCGCUACGUGAUCAAGAACCAGACCACCGGAGACCGCCUGAAGAUCCGCGUGGUGGCCGUGAACGCCGGUGGCCGCAGCGUCCCCGUCACCCUCCCCGAGCCUGUCCUGGUGAAGGAGGUGGCUGACCGCCCCAAGGUUCGCCUGCCUCGUUUCCUCAGGCAGAGAUACGUCGCUCACGUUGGAGACAAGAUCAACCUGACCAUCCCGUUCACAGGUAAACCCAAACCCGUGGUCACCUGGACAAAGAAUGGACAGCCCCUGGACAUGAAGAGGGUGAACAUCCGCAACACCGACAGAGAUAGCAUCCUGUUCAUCCGUACGUCCGAGAGGGACGACUCCGGCGUGUACGAGAUGUGCCUGAAGGUGGACGACUUCGAGGACAAGGCUUCACUCACCCUCCAAAUCGUUGAGCUGCCCGGACCUCCCGCCUCUGUCAAGAUCGUGGACACCUGGGGCUUCAACGUUGCUCUGGAGUGGACUCCGCCCACCGACAACGGCAACACAGAGAUCACAGGUUACACAGUACAGAAGUCGGACAAAAAGACUGGAGACUGGUUCAACGUGAUCGAACAUUACCACAGACUGAACGCCACCAUCUCCGACCUCAUCAUGGGCAACACCUAUAAGUUCCGCGUGUUCUCAGAAAACAAGUGUGGACUGAGCGAAUCUGCUGCUGUUUCAAAGGGGGAGGCAAAGAUUUUGAAGACAGGCAUCGACUACAAACCUCCCGAGUACAAGGAACACGAAUUCUCCGAGGCUCCCAAGUUCACCACCUCUCUGAGUGACAGAGCCUCCACUGUCGGCUACAGCACCAAGCUGCUCUGCUCCGUCAGAGGAGAACCAAAACCUAAAAUUCAAUGGAUGAAGAACCAGAUGAUUAUUGGAGAUGAUCCCAAGUACAGGCAGAUCUGCACCCAGGGCAUCUGCUCUCUGGAGAUCCGUAAGCCCGGUAACUUUGACGGAGGCGUGUACACCUGCAAAGCCAAGAACGAUCACGGAGAAGCGGUUGUCAGCUGCAAGCUGGAGUUCAGGCAGGUAGCAGUUGCAGAUGCAGCCAAGAAAUAGGUCAACAUUCAGGAGCAGAAGGAAUGAGGCCUUUGCGGCACAAGGAAGGUGCUGGAUUCCUGCAAGAAGAACAUGUAUAUAUGGCUGGUGACCACACUGUACAAGUGUUGCUCUGUGACGUCAUGAUGAACAAUUGUUGUCGCUUUAUGCCUUUUCUCUUUAAGUCCACAUCCAUGUCCACAAUCAGCUUCUUUUCCCCGCCCCCCAACGAUAUUGUCUAUGGUAUCUAAAUUAUUAGGCGUUCACGCAGUGUUACCUUUCUAGUUGAUCAUCAUUUCAGCCUAGCUCGGUGUAUGCCAAGAAUAUCAAAGCAUGACUUUAUUGUUCCUCAUAGGAGAUCUACAUGUAACAUCCAAGUGUUUAUAUCAAUAAAUAAUUUAAUUUCUG